AUGGCGCUUUGCCUGAGCUCCCCGAUGAGGAUCAGCCGUCUCGCGCAGCAAGUCCCUUCGGAAGAACCUGCCGCGAAGAAGCUUUGCAGCGAAGGGCAGCCUUCGGCCGCAGCCUCGCCCUCCAUCCCCGCUGGUGCUCCCUCGGCGCCGCAGCCGAACAUUCGCGCUAGCUCUUCCGGCAGCUCUGCUGCCACGACCGCUGCGCCUGCCCGUGCCCCGAGCUCGUCGGGCCCGAGAGCCGCUUCCGCCUCUCGCGUGCGGCCGUCCCCGCGUGAACCGGUGCUGGUGAACGACGUCGUCAACCACUCCGCGGGCCUGGCGCCCACUGUUCGCUACCGUAACCUGCGCCGUCAUCGCACGACGGUUGGCGCUGUGCUGCAGUCUCUGACACGUAACACGCAUUCCCUGGUAGAUGUCAUCUUUCCUGAUUCCCCUGGGGAGGAAGUUCGUGCUGCUGUUCUCGCUCGUAUCUCGCACUCCUUUUCUUGGCCUACCGCUGACGAUGCUCGUGUCUUUCGCGGCAUGUUUCCCAUCACCGUGCGCCUUGCUAACAAUCGUUCGGUGGAAGCUAAGGCUUUCAGCGACCCUCAUCGCGACUUCACCACGGCUCGCUCCCGCGGGGACACGCACCUAGUCCUCCGGAAUGUCCCGCUCGGGUACUCCCCUGAGCACAUGCGCGAAACGCUUCUGGCAGGACGAACCGAAAGCGGCCUCCCCUGGCUGGCGGACCUCCGCCUGUUUCACCGUCUCAAAGACCCGUAUGAUGGGUCUGCCUACGCGCAACUGCUUGGCCUUCCCGUUGCGGCAGAGGGUGACCUCGGCUUCGACCGCAUCCCCGCCGUCCUGUGGAUUCCCGAUCAGGAGGAGCCCGUUCUCAUGAACAUCUCCUCCCACUCCUGGCGGCUGAUUGGUCAACAGGCGGCUCCUGUGGCUUUCAAGAAAGACCCCGGUCUCCUUCUCAUUGGUGUCGACCUCGACGUCGAGGUGUGGACCUGUGUGCUGUGCGACUUCGACUGUGGCUUAGCGUUAGACAGCGCUAUGUACCACAUUGCCUCCGACGUGCAUCGCAAUCGUAUGCAAGAGUCCGCGCACCUGCCUGCGGCGAAAGACAAGUAUGGGGCCUGGAAGGCCGCCACCCUGCUGCAGCUCCAGCGAAUCGCCGCUUUCCUGCACGAACCCUCCCCUGACAGACGCCUCCUCACUCUCCACGUCAACUUCUUUCAGGAACAACUCCGCCUGCUGGCUGCCUACGCCCCCGCCACCCCAACCCUCCGAAGACAAUGGUGGCGGGCAAUCUUUGCCCUCGCGUUAGACUCCCCCACUGCAUCAGUAGGGACUAUUUUGGCCGGAGACUUUAACACCGUUUGUGCUCCCGAGGAUCGAAACCGGCCUCUGCUUGGGCACGAAAUCUCCGAAGGGUUGAUGCUUUCCUCCAUUCUUAAUAACAACCCCUUGCAUGACACCUUCCGUUUACUCCACCCCACCACGACCAUGUUUUCCUUUUUCUCUCACCCGCGCAGCGACCAAGGUGACUCGCCUCCCUCCGCGUCCCGGCUCGAUCGCAUAUACGUCACCGCUUCCCUCGAUUCCCGCCUUCUGGAUGCGUCCUAUAUCGCUGUCUCCACUGACAUCUCCGAUCACGAGCUUUCGCCGUCUUGCACUAUCAAAUGUGAAAGCCCCAACGUCGCCCCCCGGCCCUGGCGCCUCCCUCACGGUAUUCUCAAACGACCACAUCUGGCGCAACUCGUCUCCUCUGCCUAUCAGUCCCUUCCCUCCUCUCCCUCAGGCGACCAUUGGGACGUGUGGAAACUCGACCUCUGCAACAAGAUCAAAUCCUUCGCCAGCCAGGAAAAAAUCAGAGUAAAGAAGACCACCUCCCAUCUCUCUAAUCUGCUCUGUCAACUCCGGAUUCAUAUGGCGGUCAACCCUUCUGACGAGGUCGCCAAGGAUCGCCUCCGCAUCACGUCUCAGCAGUUUGAACGCUACGAGGCGGCGCGGUCGGCUGAACUCGCGAUGAAAGCCAAGCUUAAAGUAGAAGGGCCUAGGGAAAUGGGCGUUUCUUCCCUGUUGGUGGGUGUCAACUCCCGUAUCAAAGCUUCUCUUAUCUCUUCUCUCCGUUCCCCCUCCGGUGUCCUCACCUCCAACCUCUAUGAUAUGAACAGGAUCUGCUUUGAUUUCUUCCAAAAACUCUACGAUGGAUCGCAACCUGUGGCGGUCGACCCGUCUUUCUGGUCCCUCAUCCCUCCUUCUCAGCUCCCACAAGCCUCUCUAUCCCGCCUUGCUCUUCCUUUCUCUUUGGCAGAAGUCUCUCGUGCCAUUUCAUCUCUUCCCAGAGGCAAAACGCCCGCCCCUGCCAUUCACGAGAUGCUCCUCAAUGCUCACCAGAGUCUCCCCCCAUCCAUGCUGCAGGGCCGGACGGUGCUCAUUCCAAAAAAAGGAGACGCCUCUUUGGUCGACAACUUACGUCCCAUAACCCUCAUGAACACCGAUUAUAAGAUUCUUGCCAUUUGUCUGGCUAAUCGCCUACAACCCCUUCUCCCCUCCCUCAUCAACCAUUCGCAGACCGCCUUUAUCAAAUCUCGGAAGAUCGGCGACACCCUGAACGACACCCUCGACAUUUUUGACUGGGCUUCAACUCAAUCCAUCCCUCUCCUCGCACUUACUGUCGAUAUCAGGAAGGCGUAUGACUUGGUUGACCGGGAUUUCCUCCUUUCCUGCCUGGCGCACCUCGGCCUGCCCCAUCAAUUCAUUCGUUGGGUCAAACUCAUGCACACCGGCACUACCACGCGCAUCUCGGUUAACAAUCUCUGCGGUCAGCCAAUCCAGGUCCGUUCAGGGGUAAGGCAGGGAUGUCCCUUGGCCCCUCUUCUCUUUCUGUGCGUUAUCGAAAUUUUUCAUCGCUAUGCGUCUUGCUUUCUCCCUGGUUCCCUGUUUCACGCACGCAGAGCCGGCUCAUGGCCUGCUAUGCCGAUGAAAUCACCAUCCUUUUGA